CACUGUGCGCGCCGCCCUGUUUCCGGGCGGGGACGCUCAGGGUGAGACACUUAUCCGCUACCCAUAGACCCUGCCGCGCAGCAAUGAAGUUUCGGGGCAAGAUAGUGGACGGGGCCUGUCUGAACCACUUCACACGAAUCAGUAACAUGAUAGCCAAGCUUGCCAAAACCUGUACCCUCCGCAUCAGCCCUGACAAGCUUAACUUCAUCCUUUGUGACAAGCUGGCUAAUGGAGGGGUGAGCAUGUGGUGUGAGCUGGAACAGGAGAACUUCUUCAGCGAAUUUCAAAUGGAGGGUUUCUCUGCAGAAAACAACGAGAUUUAUUUAGAGCUAACAUCGGAAAACUUAUCACGAGCCUUGAAAACUGCCCAGAAUGCCAGAGCCUUGAAAAUCAAACUGACUAAUAAACACUUUCCCUGCCUCACAGUCUCCGUGGAGCUGUUUUCUAUGUCAAGCAGUACCCGCAUUGCGACACAUGACAUCCCCAUAAAGGUUAUUCCUAGGAAAUUGUGGAAGGACUUACAAGAACCGAUGGUCCCAGAUCCCGAUGUUAGUAUUUAUUUACCAGUCUUGAAGACUAUGAAGAGUGUUGUGGAAAAAAUGAAAAACAUCAGCAGUCACCUUGUUGUUGAAGCAAACCGAGAUGGAGAAUUGAAUUUGAAAAUAGAAACUGAAUUAGUAUGUGUUACAACUCAUUUUAAAGAUCUUGGAAAUCCUCCAUUAGCCUCUGAAAGCACCUCUCAAGACAGAAACCCAGAACACAUGGCUGAAGUACACAUAGAUAUUAGGAAGCUCCUACAGUUUCUUGCUGGACAACAAGUAAAUCCCACAAAGGCCUUAUGCAAUAUUGUGACUAACAAGAUGGUGCAUUUCCAUCUGCUUCAUGAGGACGUCUCCCUUCAGUAUUUCAUCCCUGCGCUGUCCUAGCACCCUGUGGUUGGAGUUGGCACACAGAGACUUUGUCAGGAUGGGAGAGGCCAUAGACGCUGUGUUCCCACUCACUGGUCUGUGUCCUCACAGCACCGCACAUCGACACACUGUACUUAUUUAUCCCUCUCUAACAUUUCAACUAAAAAUUGAUUGAAUGACACACAGUUGGAUAAACAUAUCACUUCAUGUUGUUCAUGGCUGUUUUGUUUUGUUUUUAAGACAUUAAAAAGAAAAGCUAGAAUUUACUCAGACUUUAAAUAACAGUUUCUCAUUGAUGUUGUGAAAAUGCUCGUGUAUUGAGUAGACUUGGUGUAGUAGCCAGAAUUCAUAAAGCUGUUGCCUGAGAGCUUGGUGCUUUCCCUCCGGGCAGAGACUCUAGCUCAGCACGGCAUGUACCGCACAGUCGGUCUUGCAUUUCAGUGUGUUCACUUAGCUUGCUCCUGUCCCCCAGGGCCCAGGGACAGAAAGGACAGCAAGCCUCUGUCACCUCACCGCCACUACCUUGGUCACUCAGAGUACUGUGGGGUGCCACAGUGCAGCAUUUGGAGUCUCUUUCUUUCUCGCUGAGAACUCGAGCCCACCUGGGCCCACUCCCCUUCUGAUGCCUGGAGAGCUGGCCCAGCCGACACAGCUCUUAUCUGCUAGCUCUUUCUGCCGUUCCAAUUCGUUUCUUCCUGGGGCCAGUUUUGGUUUUAGGUUGUAAUUCCUUAUAUUUCUUUCUUCCACAGUGCAUCGGAUAUGUCAUUCUGGAAAGAAGACCCUUCUACUUAGAGUAGAAACAAACGAAACUUACAAGGUAUCAUCUGUGUUAAGUGAUGAGACCAUAUAUCUUUGAUGUUUCUGAAUAUCAAAGCUGAUUCGGUACUGGUAGAUGUUCUCAUUCUCCCAGAAACAUAUCUAUCAUAUUUCCUGUUAUAAUUACAUCUCAUUGUCCUGUGGAGGUGGACAUGAUCAACAUCUUUUGUUUUCUUGCUUUGUUUUAUUUGAGACAGGGUCUCUUUCUGUCACUCAGACUGGAGUGCAAUGCCACAAUCAUGGGUCACCACCUUGACCUCCUUGGCUCAAGCCAUCCUCCCACCUCAGCCUCCUGACUAGCUGGGACCGCAGGUGUGUGCCACCACACCCAGCUAGUUUUUAAUUUUUUCUAGAGACAGGGUCUCACUGUUUUGCUGGUCUUGAACUCUUGGGCUCAAGCCACCCACCCACCUGGGCCUCCCAAAGUGCUGGGAUUUCAGGCAUUAGCCAUCACACACCCAUCCAUAAACAUUAUCAUAAUGUCACAUUACAAAAUUGAGACCUAAGUUGCUUAGAAUAAGAUGAGGAAAUGGAAGAUUAGCUAAAAUGAAAAUUUAUUAUUUGGCUUUUUCAUGUUUUUUGGUAAAACCAGUGUGUUUGAAUGGUUCUUUUGAUGUUUAAUCAUGUUUACAUAGGAUGGAAUAUUUUGCUUAAUUAACAUUUUAAAAUUACCAUUUUAAUUUUUAAACCCUUUCUCCUCUCUUUAUAAUGAAAUUAAUUCCAGCUACAGUGAGAAAACUUAAAAUUCAUGAUACAAAAUGAAAUAAUAUCUGAAAGUAGUUUUAUAAAACUGAAAUUGCUGUUAAAGAGAAUGUGUUAGUGACUUAACCAUUGCUCUGCACAAUGUUUAUUAUCAAAUACACAUGAAGAUUUUAAUGGAUGGCUUAAGAUUUUAUCUCUGUGUAGAGUUUGGCUAAUGAAACCUUGGUUGGGACUUAAGAAGCUGGGAUCGGUUUCUGAUUCUUAUCACAACUUGCUCCUUAGUGUCUACCAAGUCCUCCACCUCUUUGCGCUUCAAAGAGCUGUGAGAAAUGAUGAUAGGAACGGGUUGGUACAAAACCACAGACUUAGAGAAGGGCACAGUGCUGCCUCAUUGAAUGAUCUACCAAGGUAAAAUUUUGUCAAGUCAAGACAUAGCAAUUUAAUCCAUUUAGAGGAAUGAAUAUAAUUUGAAAACUCGAUUUCUAGACUAACAUCUCAAAGUGUGGAGAUCUUUUUUAAAUAGCUUUCUGGAUUUUGAAACAUACUUUCACUGGCUGUGAUUUGUAAGAACUGUGUGGUUUGUGGAGUACUGUCCCCAGGGCAAAUAAGGCAGGCCCAUGUCUUGCCUGUCCUCGGCUCAGGGCUCCACAUUCUUUCGGUAGGCACAUCUUCAGUUGAGUUUUGAUGUCAUUCUGUGCCAUAUUAGAGCCCUGCCAUCCUCCUCCAGCCCUUCCUUGGUCCAGCAGCCAACUGCUUAGCCAUUAGGUCUGUAGGCUGAGUUUAUAGUGAGGGACUGUGCCUGUUGUGAAGGAGCCCACUCUUGGGGACCUAGAACGUGGCCUCAACAGUAGUCCUGGGGCUGGAAUUGUGGUUCUACCACUAGGCAAAGGUGUUUAACGACAUUCACGUUCUUGGUGUAUAUUGCCAGUUGAGCAAAGCAUCCAUCAUUUUGAAGAGAUACAAUUCAGUACUUUUUUAAAAAGUGUUAUUGAGAUGUAAUUCACAUAUCACACAAAUCACCCAUUUAAAGUAUACCAUCUAGUGGUUUUUAGUAUGUUUUCAGAGUUUUGCAACCAUCACCACUAUCAAUUUAAAACAUUUCCAUCACCCAAUACACUUUUUAACCACAAAUAAUCAUUUUUCAUUUUUCUCUCCUAACUUAUUCUGCUGUCCCCCACCAUAUACCUCCUGGCCCCAGGCAAUUGCUUGUCUAGUAUCUGUCUCUACAUAUUUGCCUAUUCUGGUUUUUAGCUUUUGUUUUCAUUUCUUUGGGGAGACAGGGUCUGGCUCUGUCCCCCAGGCUGGAGUGCAGUGAUACAAUCAGAUCUCACUGUACUUUCAAACCCCUGGGCUUACGUAAUCCUCCCGCCUCACCCUCCCAAGUAGGUGGAACCACAGGUGUGUGCCACUGCUCCCGACUAACUUCUGUAUUUUUUGUAGAGAUGAGGUUUUGCCACAUUGCCCAGGCUGGUCUCAAACUCUUGGGCCCAAGCCAUCUGCCCACCUUAGCCUCCUAAAGUGCUAGGUUCACAGGCAUGAGUCACCACACCCAGCAAUUCUUUUUAUCCAACUGUAAUUAUAUAUUCUUGACCACUAUCUCCCUUCUCCCCUGCUCCCAAACACCGAAGCAUCUGUUAACCACCAUUCUACUCUCUCCUGUGAGAUUUUCUCAUUAGAUUCUAAAUGUGAGAUCAUGCACUGUAUUUCUGUGCCCGGCUUAUUUCACUUAACAUAAUGUUUUCCACGGAUUCAACAAUAUGGUUGCAAAUGACAAGAUUUCGUUCUUUUUGAUCGCUAAAUAGUACUCCAUUGUGUAUAUGUCCAUUUUGUUGGUCCAUUCAUCUGUUGGUCACGGAGGUUGCUUCCAUAUCUUCGCCAUAGUGAAUAAUGCUGCAGGGAGGGAAGAUGUCUUUUUGAUGUACUGAUUUCAUUUCCUUUGGGUAAAUACUCAGUAGUGGGAUUGCUGGAUCAUAUGGCAGUUCUAUUUUUAAUAUUUCAAAGAACUUCCAUACUGUUUGCCAUAAUGGGUAUACUAAUUUACAUUUCCUCCAACAGCAUACAAAAGCUUCCUCUUCUCCACAUCCUUGCCAACGCUUAUCUUUUGUCUUUUUUUAAAUAAACGUCCAAACAAAGCUAAUCUUUUGUCUUUUUGGCAAUCACCAUUUUAACUGGUAUGAGGUGACUGAGGUGAUAUCUCAUUUUGGUUUUGAUUUUCAUUUUCCUGAUGAUUAGUGAUGUUGAACAUUUUUUCAUAUACCCAUUGACCAUUUGCUUCUCUUUUGAGAAGUCUAUUCAGGUCUUUUGCCCAUUUUUAAAUAGGUUUAUUUGUUUUCUUACUAUUGUUUGGGUUCCUUAUAUAUUUUGGAUAUUAACCUUUUGUCGGAUGUAUAGUUUACAAAUAUAAUAUUUUCUCCCGAUCUGUAGGUUGUCUCUUCACUCUGUUGCUUGUUUCCUUUGCUGUGCAGAAGCUUUUUAGUUUGAUGUAGUUUGAUUUACCCAUUGUUUCCUUUUGUUUUCUGUGCUUUUGAAGUCUUAUUUUUAAAAUUCUUGCCCGUACAAAUGUAAUAAAGCAUUUCUCCUGUGUUUCCUCUAGCAGUUUCAUAGUUUCAGUUCUUCAUCUAUGUCUUUAAUUCAGCUUGAGUUGAUUUAUGUAUAUGGUGGGAGAUAAGGGUUUAAUUUCAUUAUUCUGCUUGUGGAUUUUCAGUUUUCCCAGCAUUGUUUAUUGAAAGACUGUCCUUCCUUUUCAAUAAAUGUGUGUUCUUGGCAUCUUUGUUGAAUGUCAGCUAGCUGUAAAUGUGUAGAUCUAUUCCUGGGUUCUCUAUUCUGUUCCACUGGUCUAGCUGUCUGUUUUUAUUCCAGAACCAUGCUGUUUUUUAACUUUAGUUUUAUGGUAUAUUUUGAAGUCAGGUAUUAUGAUGCCUCCAACUUUGUUCUUUUUGCUCAAGAUUGCUGUGGCUAUUCAAGGUCUUUUGUGGUUACAUAUGAAUUUUAGGAUUUUUUUUUUCUGUCUCUGUGAAGAAUGUCAUUGGUAUUUUGAUAGGAAUUGCGCUGAAUCUGCAGAUUGCUUUGGAGAGUAUGAACACUUAAGAAAUAUUAAUUCUUUCAAUCUAUGAACACAGGAUAACUUUGCAUUUAUUUGUGUCUCCAGUUUCUUUCAUCAGUGUUUUAUAGUUUUUAUCCUAGAGAUUUUUCACCAUGGUUCAAUGUCUUCCUAGGUAUUUUACUAUUUUUUUUGUAGCUAUUGUAAAUGGGAUUUUCUUGAUUUCUUUUUCAAUUAGUUCACUAUAAAUAUAUAGAAAUGAUACUAGUUUAUAGCUGUAAUCCCAGCACUUUGGGAAGCCAAGGCAGGUGGGUUGCUUGAGCUCAAGAAUUUGAGACCAGCCUGGGCAACAUGGCAAAACCCCUUCUCUACAAAAAAUACAAAAGUUAGCCAGGUGCAGUGGUCCCACCUACUUGGGAGGCUGAGGUGGGAGGAUUGGUUGAGCCCAGCAGGUUGAGGCUUCAGUGAGCUGUGAUUGCAACACUGCGCUUCAGUCUAGACAACAGAAUGAGAUCUUGUCUCAAAAAAAAAAAAAAGAAAAGAAAUGAUACUAGUUUUUGUGUGUUGGUUUUGUAUCCUGAAACUUGACUGAAUGUUUUUUAGUUUGAAUAGUUUUUUGGUGGAGUCCUUAAAAAUUUUCUAUAGUUAACGAUCAAGUCAUUUGUAAACAAGGACAGUUUAACUUUCUCCUUUCCAAUGUGGAUGCCUCUUCUUUCUCUUGCCUAAUUGCCUAAUAACAGCAUGUUCCUAUUCUGUAAAUGGUCAAUGAACUAGAGAAUGAUUCUUGGGUAGUUAAUAUUCUCAAUGCCAUUAAACUCUUUUCCUUCUCUGAAAGCAGCUGUUUUCUUGGAGGUUUCAAUUCUGCUUGGCACUUCGCAGCAUUUCUAGUGGUACUGCUCCACGUUUUACAGCUUUGUGAAGAAGGUGUUUACUUUCUUUGAAAUUAUCUUGAGAUAUUUCAAACUGUGCAGAAGACAUAGGCACAAAAGCAAAUGUCUUAGAGUUUGCUCUAGCCACUUCUGCAUCAUCUGGCUUUUGAAUAGCUUUUAAUUCAGCUUUUAAAUCUCACUUGAAUUUGAGCAAAACUUUCAUCUUUAUAUGUGUCUGGAGAAAGGACUUUAAUUGCUUGACAGUAAUUACCAAUCAAUUUGUUUAAAAUAGUAUCAAUCAAUCAAUCAAUAAAAUAGUGUCGUCUAAUAGGACAGUGUUUCUCUGGUUCGAGCAACAAAUUCAACCAGUCCUCUGGGUUGUUCUUCAUCAUCAUCAUCAUAAUCAUCAUCAUCAUUUGGUUAUCAGUUCCUGAGUUAUUUUUACCAGUGAGUUUUAUUCCUUCAGACAGCUAUUUUGAAUUCUCUCAGAAAUAUCACAUAUCUCUGCUUCCUUAGAGUCAGUCACUAGCGCUUUGUUCGGUGACAUCACGUUUCCCUGAUUGUUCUUCAUCCUUGUAGUCGUACACUGAUAUCUGUGCACUGAAUAUGUAGGUAUUUAUAAACAGUCUUUGCAAUCUGGCUUUGUCUGUGAUUGUCCUUAUACAGUAGGUCUAUCCAGAAAUUCUAAGCUUACUGUCUUUUUUGGUAUUUAAGCCGGUGAGCUCCACAGCCCUUGUAGUGCCAAAUGGUGCCCUAAGCCCAGUUUCCCUGCAACCAGCUCUGAUUUGUUUGUUGACUGCUGUGAGCCCCGCCCCGUUCUUUGUUUCUAAUUUACACCUAGGAGGCUAACCCCGCUGGCACCUGCGAUGCUUCCAGUGGGAAAAGACCAGAGUGUGCCCCCUGUGAAGAAUCUCAGAAUAGUGGGGAAGGCGAGUGCCCACCUCCUGCUCUCUUUUUCCCACUGUAGAAACUGUGAAUCCAGAGAAGUUCUCCAAGGGCGGUGCUGUGUGGGUUAGGGGAGGGGUGUCAUGAGCAAACAGAAUCGUUCUCUUUACCCUCUGAUCAUGAUUAUUCUUGGCUCUGUGGCUCAGUGAGUUGUCACAGCUUCACUCCUAAUUUCUGGCAUAUUCAGGGCAAUUGUCUUGCCUCUAGGUAGUUGCUAGUUGAAUUUAUGUGGUGGGGAGAAAAGCUAAGAACUCUCACUCCUCAGUUUUGCUCAUGUCAUUGUAAUUCUGUACUUUCAUAUGGAUUCUAAUAGGGAGGAUCUAAAAGGAAGCUUCCGUUUUGGAUUUUUAGAGCUUCUUCUAAGUACAGUUGAUGACUCAAGAAAUAAAAAUGAUACGUUAUAACUAGAAAUACCCUGAGAUUAUCAAGGAGAUAAAUUAGCCCACUUGGACGGUGCUAUUGGGAAUGUCAACUGAUACCACUUAGCUGGAGUCUAAUUUGGUAUUUAUUUUAUAUGGAAAGCCUGAAAAGUUGUGUGCCCCCUUUGACUCAAUAUUUAUAAGAAUUUACACAAAGGUUAUAAUCAAAGUUGUUCUAGAACUGUUACACUAGAAAAACACAAAAUAUUCUAAUUAUGAAUUAAUUGGGGAUUGGUUAAAUAUGGUUUGAUAUGCUCUAAAAGUAAUGUUACAGAAAAAAGUGUACUGAUAUGGCAAAAUGUUUAUGACUUACAGUUAAGUUAAAAAAGCAGGUUAGAUGUUGGUAUACCCAGUAUAAUAGAGAACAAUCAGUAUUUCUCAGUGUUCUUUUAUUUCGAUCUUUGUACAUGUGUGUAUUUUCUAAAAAUUGUAUUUACUAUUUUUGUAAUAAAUUGUUUUUAAGGGACUAAGCAAUAAAUAUUUGUUAUUUGAGUGCCUUA